AGAAUAGUGGAUAGGUAAAGACUAUCCUGUGGUAUUUUCGCGUUGAAGUAAAUACAGGGCGCUCACACAAACUAGUUGUUCCAAUGGCCUCAAUUUUGGCUCAACCCGGCUGCUCCUGCAUUCGAAUCCAUCGGCGAUGCUGCUUUACCACUCUUAAGUUCUUCUCUUCAAGGCCUUUCGCUUCCCGUUCCCACCCUCCUCACCAUUUCUCUCACCGGCCGCUCAGGAAACGCUUCGCUCUCGAUGUUUCUAGAAGCCUCUCUCAAUCUCACCGCCUCCUCAACACCGAUGCCCCCACUCUCCAUCACUUCACCGCUCAAGCUUCCCUCACUGCCUCUCAAUCACAACCCCAUGUUUUGUCUAGUGAUGCACCGAAUUCAGAAGUUGCUUCAAAGGGUAGAAUUUAUCACGAGACUUAUGGAUGUCAAAUGAAUAUAAACGAUAUGGAAAUUGUGCUUUCAAUUAUGAAGAAUGCUGGUUAUACUGAAACUGUGGAUGUUCCUGAGAGUGCGGAGAUUAUAUUUAUUAAUACCUGCGCCAUAAGGGACAAUGCUGAACAAAAGGUAUGGCAAAGGCUUAAUUACUUUUGGUUUUUAAAGAGGCGUUGGAAGAAUAAUGUAGCUAUAGGAAGAUCGCUGUCGUUGCACCCUCCGAAAGUGGUGGUGUUAGGAUGUAUGGCUGAAAGGUUAAAGGAUAAGAUUCUGGAUGCUGACAAAAUGGUUGAUGUGGUGUGCGGACCUGAUGCUUAUAGAGACUUGCCGAGGUUGUUGGAAGAGGUUGAUUAUGGUCAGAAAGGGAUUAACACUCUUCUUUCCCUUGAAGAGACAUAUGCGGAUAUUAGCCCUGUUAGGAUUUCAAAGAAUUCGGUUACUGCUUUCGUGUCUGUGAUGAGGGGUUGUAAUAAUAUGUGCUCGUUUUGCAUUGUUCCGUUUACCAGAGGUAGAGAGAGGUCACGUCCUGUGGAGUCUAUAGUGAAGGAGGUGGGGGAGCUUUGGGAAGAAGGUGUGAAGGAGGUCACACUUCUUGGACAGAAUGUGAAUAGUUAUAAUGAUGCAUCUGGAAGUGAAAAAGAAGUUGAACCAGGAAGUAAUUGGGAGUUGAGUGAUGGCUUUAAAAGCAUGUCUAAGGUGAAAAACAUGGGCUUGCGUUUUGCCGACCUCUUAGAUCAACUUUCUAAUGAGUUUCCUGAGAUGAGGUUCAGAUAUACAUCCCCUCACCCUAAAGAUUUUCCAGAUGAAUUGCUGUAUCUGAUGCACGACCGCCAUAAUAUCUGCAAGUAUAUACAUUUGCCUGCCCAAACAGGGAGUACCGCAGUGCUUGAAAGAAUGCGUCGGGGGUAUAGUAGAGAGGCUUAUUUAGAGCUUGUUCAGAAGAUACGCAGAAUCAUUCCGGACGUUGGAAUAAGCAGUGAUUUUAUAUGUGGUUUCUGUGGCGAAACAGAGGAGGAACAUGCAGAUACACUAAGCCUAAUAAAGGCUGUUGGGUACGAUAUGGCAUACAUGUUUGCUUACAGCAUGAGGGAGAAAACUCAUGCCCAUAGAAACUACAUUGAUGAUGUUCCAGAAGAAGUCAAGCAAAGGAGGCUUACUGAACUGAUUGAAGCUUUCCGUGAGAGUACAGGUCAGCGAUACGAUUCUCAGGUUGGAACCAUCCAACUUGUGUUGGUUGAAGGACCAAACAGGAGAGCUCCAGAUAAAGAGCUUAUCGGCAAAAGCGAUAAAGGCCAUAGAGUUGCAUUUGUUAAUCUUCCUUUGCUAGAUCGGGAGAAUCAAACAGAUAAGAAAAGGAAUCCUGUUAUUGGUGAUUACGUAGAAGUUCAUAUAACAAAGUCUUCGAGAGCAUCACUUUUUGGCGAGGCACUUGCUAUAACUAAAUUGAGCGCAUUUUACAACAAUGUGGAUGAAGCAGCAGUAGCCUGUGGUAGCAGAGGUUGAAAACCAUCUCCAAUUUCAUCGCCUGUAACUAGUUUCCUUAAUAUGCCUGGAAAUUACAAGAAUUAGAGUAGCUUCUUGCUAUUGGAAUUGGCAUUUGCUGCUAUAGGAUUAUUAAUCGCUUGAGAUAGCAAGCCUAUUCAUUUGAUGUGAAGGAUAAAAGGAAACUGUGAGUUAUGAGUAUGACUGCGGAUUUUUCUUCUUUCCUAUUAUUCUCUCUCGAUAUUGCUGAUGCCUGCUGGCUGAUGUAUACGAACAAAAAAAAGGAAAUACAAUGGGAUUCUUAAAACAUUUUGUUGCAA